AACAACUGAUGAACCAAGAAUAUGAUAUAAACACACAAUUUUUCUUUAAAAUAUUUUCUCUAGGCUUUUGGAUUCUUUAGUCUCUUGCUUGUCUAUCAUCCCAGCACCAUUUUGGAACAAGUAUUCUUAAUAUCUUACCUUCAUCAACCUUGGAAGAAUAUUCUUCAUGGCAGUUUGUCGAACCACUCCAUGGAGAUGGAUUUCUGGAAUCCUAGGAGUAAUGUGUCUUGUACUCACCACUGCCUUGGUUAUUUUAUUUAAAAUGAAUUUUUUUAACCAAAGUAUUCAGCCAAAAAUCUCUCCAGGAUUAAUCACAGAUAUUCAAGAAGACUCCGACUGUUGUCCUUGUCAAGAAAAUUGGCUUGGAUACCUUUGCAACUGCUACUUUAUUUCCAGAGAAUCAAAAACUCUGGAAGAAAGUAGGAAUUUCUGUGUUUCCCAGAAUUCCUCUCUACUUCAGCUGCAUGGUGGAGAUGAGUUGGCAUGUAUUUAA